CCAAACAAUAAAGCAACUUCCAAAUAACAAAUCAUCAGGGAUUGAUGGUCUUACUUACGAGUUCUAUAAGCUCACAGAGGAACAGAUAGUUCCAAUACUCGAAAAAAUUUUUAACCAAGUUCUCACAUUAGGAAUGCUUCCAAUAUCUUGGUGCAAAAACAUGAUAAUCCUAAUUCCAAAGAAGUCAACAGACCUAAAUAAUCUAGAUAACUGGAGGCUAAUCUCACUAGUAAAUUGUGAUGCCAAAAUCUUCAUAAAAAUUUUGGCAACAAGGCUAAAUGAGGUCUGCAAUUUUAUAAUCUCAGACCAUCAACAGGAAUUUAUUACAGGAAGAUCAAUUGCAGAUGAAGCAUUAGACAUUCUUACAGUUAUGAAAAACCAAACAGAUACUACUAAACAACACUAG